UUAAUUAAUAUUUAAUAACUGCUCUGCUUUGUUCCGACUCCCAUUUCUUUCAUAUUUGAUUCUUUAUUGUAUAAUAUUGUUUUCUAGAAGAAAAAAAAGUAGGAGUGAAAAUCUGAGAUUUGGCUUCGUUCGUGAAUUUGGGUAUUAGAUUUGGAUUAUUCAUUGGAGGGUUGAAGAGAUUCGAUAGAGUAAUUGUGAAAAUGAACAUGAUGGAUCCCGAGUUCAUUAGACUCGCUCAGGAGCAGAUGAGUCGCAUGUCACCUGCCGAGUUAGCCAAGAUCCAACAACAGAUGAUGUCUAAUCCGGAGUUACUGAAGAUGGCCUCUGAAGGAAUGAAGAACUUGAGGCCUGAAGACCUGAAGAAUGCAGCAGAACAGUUGAAGCAUACCCGUCCGGAGGAAAUGGCUGAGAUUGGAGAGAAGAUGGCUAACUCAACGCCUGAAGAGAUAGCAGCUAUGCGUACGCGUCUUGAUGCCCAGGUCGCUUAUGAAUUGAAUGGAGCUCAAAUGCUGAAGAAACAGGGAAAUGAGCUUCAUAGCCAGGGAAAGUACAACGAUGCCUUGCAGAAGUACUGUCUUGCUAAAAAUAAUUUAAAAGGUGUUCCAUCAUCAAAAGGCCGAACAUUACAGUUGGCAUGCUCACUAAACAUGAUGUCAUGUUACUUGAAAACAAAGCAGUUUGAUGAAUGCAUAAAAGAAGGCUCUGAGGUGUUGGGAUAUGAUGUGAAAAAUGUGAAGGCACUUUACCGGAGAGGUCAAGCAUAUAAAGAACUAGGUCAACUACAGGAUGCUGUCUCUGAUCUUAUCAAGGCGCAUGAAGUUUCUCCUGAUGAUGAAACAAUUGCAGAGGUCUUAAGGGAUGCGGAGGAAAGAUUAGUAAAGGAGGGUGGUGCACGUGCACCAAGAGGCUUAGUAAUUGAAGAGAUAAAUGAAGAUGAGACUGCAGCUUCUUAUGACAUUAAACCAUCAACAACACAGUGCUCAGUCACACAAUCACGAGAAAUCAGCGACUCAGAUAAAACAGAGAGAGUGUCUUCUAGUGGUGGCAUGUCAACCAAUUCUGAGCAUUUGCAGGGUUUAAAAAACAAUCCUGAAGCUAUUAGAACAUUCCAGAAAUUCGUUGCAAAUGCUGAUCCGGAAACCCUUGCCGCUUUGAAUGCCGGUAACUCUGGAGAGGUAAAUGCUGAUAUGAUAAAGUCUGCAUCAAACAUGAUUGGGAAAAUGUCACCUGAGGAACUUCAGAAAAUGUUUGAAAUGGCUUCCUCAUUUCAGGGGGAUAGCCCAAGUUUUAUGGGAGGCCUUGGCACUAAUGACAGUUUCAAACCUGGGUCAAUUCCUCCAAAUCUGACACCUGACAUGCUGAAAACAGCAUCUGAUAUGAUGAAUAAAAUGCCACCAGAGGAACUUCAGAAGAUGUUUGAAAUGGCAACACAAUUGAGGGGAAAUAACUCAUUUCCAAUGCCUACUGCUGUAAAUGCAGCUGGAACAAGUUCAGAUAGUGGUUUAAGUGCCGGAGCCAGUUCUGUUAUUGAUGACGCUAAUGUUCGAGGGGAAAGUAGUUCGUAUUCCAAUUCAAGAAGUUUUCCUCCUCCGUCAAGCUUCCCCGCUCCCACUGGUGAUCUGCAAGAGCAGAUGAGAAACCAAAUGAAAGAUCCAGCAAUGCGGCAGAUGUUCACAUCAAUGAUAAAGAAUAUGAGCCCAGAAAUGAUGGCAAACAUGGGUGAACAAUUUGGUUUCAAACUUUCCCCGGAAGAUGCAGAGAAAGCACAACAAGCGAUGUCAUCUUUAACCCCAGAGAGCUUGGAUAAAAUGAUGCGAUGGGCAGAAAGGAUGCAAAAGGGAGUGGAAGGUGUGAAGAAGACGAAGAAUUGGCUUCUAGGUAGACCCGGUAUGAUUUUGGCUGUAGUCAUACUUAUCUUGGCAGUAAUCCUCCACCGGCUGGGCUAUAUUGGGGGCUAGAAUGGAACCCGAGCUUGUUAACUAUCUGAUCACCAACUAGUUCAACAUGUAGAUGAGUGAAAUGGUCAGAAUCAAGAUUCCUUUCUGUCAAUAUCUAACCUUGUGUGGAGUUUAGAUUGUUCUAUUCAAUUUGGAAGAAAGGAAAGGAGGGAAUGGAUUGGUGCCCAAUAUAUUAUUAUUUUCAGGUACUAGUCUUGAAUUUAUUUCAUUUUUUUUUUGUUGGGGUACUACUACUAGUUGGUUUGGCUUGAUACUGUAAUAUAAGAAAGAUUUUAGAGAGAGGUGAAUUUGCCCAAAAGGAAUAUCACAAUGGGGAUAAGGAAGUUUAUCCUGAGUAAGUUCUUUAGUAUGUAAUUUUAAAUUGGCCCACUAAAUGAUAUGUCAAGUUUUUGAAA